AUGUCUUUCCUACCCUCGCUCCGUGUGUCAUCGCGUCAUCUUGUCCGAUCUAGCUAUGCUAUUCCCGCAACGUCAUCAUUUCACACCACAGCGGCACAGAGAGGGUUGAAAGAAAGCGACAGAAACCGCGACGAUCUUCCUGAGCACUACGAAAGCCAGAAGAAUCAGCAUGUUAAGAAAGCAAAGGAGGGUACAGCGAAGUGGGACGAAGAACUGGCGAGUAACAGCGAAGCUCAUGUCAAAGCGGAUCGAGGUGAUCUCGACGCCGACUCUAAGGAUUUCCAGCAUAUGCAGGAACAAGUAAAGAAGGGGAAAGCAGCAGGAAAAAGUGCUUGA